UCGCCUCAGUAUAGCUGUCAGCCUUGCUGUGUGCGGUGUCAGUUGAGGCACGGUCGUCGAAGAGCGAGACAGGCAAACGAAAAGAUGUACAGAUCACUCUCCAUCGCUUUCUGCCUUUUGGCAGUUAGUUUUGUAAACGCCAAAGUUUAUUUCGAAGAAAGAUUCUCAGAUGGAGAUGCUUGGGAGUCACGAUGGGUGCAGUCUAAACACUCCGGCAAAGAAUUCGGUACCUUCAAAUUGAGUGCAGGAAAAUUUUAUGGAGAUGCUGAAGCCAGCAAAGGAAUACAAACUCCCGAGGACGCCCGCUUCUAUGGCCUUUCUACGAAGUUUGAGCCUUUCAGCAAUGAAGGCAAGCCUCUGGUGAUCCAGUUCACCGUCAAGCAUGAACAGAGCAUCGACUGCGGGGGCGGCUACCUCAAGGUCUUCGACUGCUCCCUUGACCAGAAGGACAUGCAUGGCGAUUCUCCCUACCUCAUCAUGUUCGGCCCCGACAUCUGCGGUCCCGGCACGAAGCGCGUGCACGUCAUCUUCAGCUACAAGGGACAGAACCACCUCAUCAAGAAGGAGAUCCGCUGCAAGGAUGACGUCUUCUCUCACCUCUACACGCUCAUCGUGAACCCCGACAACACGUACGAAGUUCUCAUUGACAACGAGAAGGUGGAAUCUGGUGAACUCGAGGCCGACUGGGACUUCCUCCCCGCCAAGGAAAUCAAGGAUCCUGAGGCCAAGAAACCUGAAGACUGGGACGACCGCGCCACCAUCCCCGACCCUGAAGACACCAAGCCCGAGGACUGGGAUCAACCCGAGCACAUUGCUGACCCUGACGCCACCAAACCUGAGGACUGGGACGACGAGAUGGACGGUGAAUGGGAGCCCCCGAUGAUUGAUAACCCUGACUACAAGGGAGAGUGGAAGCCCAAGCAGAUCGACAACCCCGACUACAAAGGCGCCUGGAUUCAUCCCAUGAUCCCCAACCCCGAAUACUCGCCCGACUCAUCCCUGUACCUGCGCAAGGAGGUGUGUGCCGUCGGUCUGGAUCUCUGGCAAGUCAAGUCCGGCACCAUUUUUGACAAUUUCCUCAUCACCGACGAUAUUGCUGAGGCCAAGAAGAUCGGAGAAGAAACUUGGGGCGCCAUUAAAGAUGCCGAGAAGAAGAUGAAGGACGAACAGGACGAGGAGGAGAGGAAGAAGGCUGAGGCUGACUCGAAGGCUGCCGGAGGAGAUGCUGAUGAAGAUGACGAUGAGGACGAGGAUGACGACGAUCUUGACAUCGACUUGGGCGGUGACGAUGCCGAGCCAGAUCACGAUGAACUUUAAGUUCUAAUUUUGUUAUCCUAAUCAUUUAUUUUAAUGUACGGUAGUGUUGCUUUGAAACUUAUCUAAAUUGUUUAACGUUCGUGAACUUCAUCCGAUAUUAGUCGUGACUGUCGCGGUCGGAAUUCAUUUAGUAAUCCAGCCAACAAAAGCUCAUCGCAACUAUUUUCCAGUCUUUAUGUUGACGUUAUUAGUUUAAUUUGUGGAGGCAUUCGUUGGCCGCGGCCAUCACGGCGAGGUGAUAAAUGUAUGUAUUUUUUACGUGGCCGCGUCAGCACCCAUUAGCGUGAGGGAGUGAGUUGUUACGUCGUAGCCUGAGAUAUAACAGCGAAUUGUCGUAUACUGGACCCGUGUCAUCCUACCCAAGUUUAGCGAAUGUAUUUUUAGUCUCUGCUUCUCAUUAGGAAGGCGGCAUAAUGGGCCUUUCUUGGGAACGUUUCAUGUUCAGUUAAGCAUAAAUGUGCGGAGAGUGGAUGACAAUAUCGAAGCGUGUCAGGCCGAAGGCUUGGAGAGGUUGGUAUGUCUGAUGAAAUAUGAACGUUGCCAACGCUUAUUCUCACCAGGAACUUGUUGUGAAAGUGUGUUAGCCUCAUCUCACUCAUCACCCUCUCAUGUUGAUUCAUCCUCAUCAAGUUGACAGCUGUUCCAUCAUCUGACUGAUUUUACACUAACUUGAUGUGUAAAUUAAACCUCAGUCGUUAUCUGUGUGAAUGAAUUUACAAUAAAAUAUGUAAAAUCAA